ACCAAUCAUAUAUAGAUCUAAUUAACUGAGGUACUUGAAACUUAACACUUCAGCAACUAUACCAUUAUUACAUUUGGAUCGAUGCCAAAUUGUUCUUAUUAUAAACGGCUUAAAUAGUUUAAUUAAAAAAAAUCGGUACCCAGUUUCAUACUCAUUAAACAUUUUUUCAUUUCAUGUUUUGUAAUGACAUCAACAGUUUAACUAUUACAUCACAAUUAUUUUUAAACAUAAUAUUUUAUAAUUAAGAAGAGUAAUAUAAAGAAUUUUCAAUGCAUAUCUGGCACAAAAUUUACACUUUAAUACAUUUAAUGAAUGACUUGAAACUUAGUUACAGUCAUACAAUAUCUGCUUCCCUCUAUCAUCUUACUUGAGGUAAUUUUAGUUUCACCUCUUAGCUUUGCUUGAACUAGUACAUAGUUAACUACUGCUCAUUCAGUACAUUCUUAUCUGCUGUACCAGAAUCAUUCUUCUUCAACUCAUUAAAGUGAACAAUACACUUGUACAAAUUAAAUAUAUUAUAUAUUUAGUUUCUAUCAUUUUUCUUUUAUUAUAAAAAUAUAAGAAUAUUUAUUGUAAGAUUAUUCCAAAAGAAAUGGACAUAGCAAAGGAAUUAAUAUUGAAUUUAAAACAAAAUAAUAAAUCACACGUGGGAUAUGGUUUACAGAAAGAAUGUGAAGCACUAAUUGGUCAUGUUUUGCAAAACAUGGUACAGUCCGAAUUACCUGAAUUAAUUCCUGAAGUGAAACAUGAACAGGAUUCUAUUCAGUAUAGAGAAGAAGGAAAUCAACAUUUUGUAAUGGGUGAUGAUAUUGAAGCUAUAAAAUGUUACACAAUGAGUUUAGCAUAUGCAAAUAAUAAAGAACUUAUGUCGUAUGCUCAUGCCAAUCGAUCGGCUGCUUUAUACAGAAAACAAAUGUACAAAGAAUGUAUAAUAGACAUUGAUGCUGCAUUGAAUCUUGGCUAUCCAGAAGAAAAAAGGGAAAAGUUAAAAGAGAGAGGAACCAAAGCUGUGGAAGAAAUAAAAAAAAAAUUACUGAUUAAAAAGGAUGAUCAUAUUGAUACAGAAAAAUUGAUGAACGCAUGUUUAUCAGAAAAGAUAAGCGACAGUCCUAACGUUGUAAAAUAUCGAAAUGGAAAGGAGGAAAUUGGCAAAAAGAUAAAUAAAAAUGUUAACGCUGACGAAAAUAAACACGAUUCAGUUAAUGAAGAAAAAGAACCAAGAUACUUAGCAGAUGAAGGUCCAUUAAAGUUAGCUUAUGGUCCGGGUAAAGAGGCUCCAGCUGCUAGCGAUGGUGUUAGCAUUGCUUUCUCUGAAAAAUACGGGCGUCAUUUAGUAGCUACAAAAGAAUUUAAGCCCGGUGAUAUAGUUACUAUUGAAGAUCCUUAUGCAUGUAUUCUUUACGCACAAUGCUAUUAUACACAUUGCCACCAAUGUUUAGCAAGAUGCUAUAACUUAAUUCCAUGUACAAAAUGUCCAGUAGCUCAGUACUGCUCAGAGACAUGCAGGAAAUUAGCUUGGGAAAUGGCUCAUCAGAUAGAAUGUCCAAUUUUAGCAAUAGUAGGAAACUUACUUAACGUUGAUGAAGAUAAAAUACGAAUGCUUACCAAAAUCAUCAGGUUUCUGAUUGUAGUAACAGCAAAGGGUGAAAAAAUUGAAGAACUGCUCGAAGACAUGAAAAUAGCUGAAUCUAAUCCAGAUAAUAGAACUGCAGGAUUUACAGAUGAAGGCAUACUGGAUAGUGCCAGUGCACGAUCAGCUCUGAGUCUUGCUACUAAUAUGACAACAAGACCACUCAUUGGAAUCAGUGCUUUUGCAUGUAUCUCGUCUCUUGCAAUUAUGCUCCUAGCCACACAGACUAAUUUCUUCUGCAAGAAAUACGAAGUGAACCAAUUAAAAAAUAUUGACAAGUUUCCUAAGAUCAGAUUCUGUGGCAGCCUUAUGUUCCGUGCCUGUGUUAUAAUGUCUUCCAAUUGUUUCUCAGUACAACAAGACCCAGGAAUUAAAACAGGUUCAGGAUUAUACGUAACGCAUAGCUUGUACAAUCAUUCUUGUGCUCCGAAUACAUUUCGGCAUUUUGAAGGGUUGACAAUGAUUACUCGCGCGUUACAGCCAAUAUCUCCUGGAGAUCAAAUAUUCACAAAUUAUGGUGCUUCGUAUGCGUACAUGACAAGAUCUGCAAGAAGAGAAAAAAUAAUGCAAGAUUACUUCUUUGAAUGUGAUUGUACCGCGUGUACAUUUGACUGGCCAACGUACAAUACAAUUCUUCGCAAUCAUAUUGGUUCUAUCAGUAAGAAUAAGGAACUCGUGGAGAAAUUGAAGCCUUAUAAGCAACGAUUAACGAAAAAUAUGUAUGACAUUGAAGCUGUGAAAUCGGUCCUCCUUAUAUUGUUCAAAGUAGUGACCCAGCCAUGCGAAGAAGUCGUACAUGCGGAACAAUACCUGAAGAGUUAUUAUUUAGAUCCAUAAAAGAGGCAUCAAUAUUGUACUACGUUAUUAAUGAAAGACAUGGAGUAUUCCUAAAAACAUUUUAUUUAAGUUAUACAUGAUAUUUAGCUAAUUCCUAAAAACGUGUGUAUAGCUUUUUCCAUGGGUU